CUCGCGAAGGCGGAGAAGAAGAGGAGAAAGGGUUUUUUUUUUAAAGUUCGCGAAAAUGGCGAGAUCCACCAGUAAGGAUGCUCAAGAUCUCUUCCAUUCUCUUCGUUCUGCUUACGCCGCCACCCCUACCAAUCUCAAGAUCAUUGACCUCUAUGUCGGUUUCGCGGUCUUCACAGCUCUGAUCCAGGUUGCUUACAUGGCUCUUGUGGGAUCGUUUCCAUUCAACUCUUUUCUGUCGGGAGUUCUCUCGUGUGUUGGGACAGCAGUUCUUGCUGUUUGCCUCCGAAUUCAAGUGAACAAGGAAAACAAGGAAUUCAAGGAUUUGCCACCGGAGAGAGCAUUUGCCGAUUUCGUGCUAUGCAACUUGGUCCUCCACCUAGUGAUCAUCAACUUCCUCGGUUAAAUUGCCCUCCUUCCUUCCUCCAUUAACCUUCCAACACUUUCUUCUUCACCUUACUGCUACCACUUCCGUAUCCAUAAUAAGGUAAAGUAAGGAACAAAGCAAAAGGAGGGUGGAUGAUAGAAAACAAGUUGCUUUUUCAUUAUGCAUUUAGAAAAAUUCUGGGAUUUUUUUUUAAAUUUUAUUUUAGGUAUUGCUUGAUGAA